CAAAACGUCAAAAAUAUUAAAAACAAAGCCAGAAAUUGUUGUUUCUUUGAAUCAUUGUGAAAACGAACGCAUUGUUUACAAUUAAACAUUGCUCUUAAUGAUUUAAUUAAUUGAAAAACUAAUGUUUAACUUAGCAUUCAAUUCAAUUAGUAGACAUUCUUAUUAAUACCUAACGUUACUGAGUCACGGUAACGAUUAGGACUUUCCAGAAUUCCUUCGUGUGAUAAAGAAUUCAGAAAAAAAAAUAGGCGCGUGAUUUGUGUUUUUUAUAAUUAAAUAAAAAUGAGUAGAUGUGAUUUUAAAAUAGUGUUAUUAGGUAGUGAACAUGUUGGAAAAACUAGUUUAGUUCUAAGAUUUGUAAAUUGCAGAUUUAAUGCCGAUGUUCCUUAUCAAAAUACGGUCGGCGCGGCCUUCUGUGCGAAAACGAUGGAAUCUAAUGGGAAGACCUUCAAUGUUGGUAUUUGGGACACAGCGGGCAGCGAACGAUAUGAAGCAAUGACAAAGAUAUACUACAGAGGUGCGCACGCGGCUAUCAUAUGCUAUGAGCCUUCCUCUAUAGCGUCCUGGAAUAGAUUGAGGCACUGGCUACAAGAGUUGAGAGGAGUUGAGGAGAACUGCAAAGUAUAUCUAUGUGGCACCAAAAAGGAUCUCUUAGACGGUGGGUACGUGACCAGAGAGGUACCAGAAGAUAUAGUAGCCACAUACUCUCAGGGUCUAUGUGGCCAUUUCUUCACAUCGAGUAAAACUGCUGAAAAUGUUGAUGAACUAUUCCAAAAAAUUGUGGAUGAUUGCGCAGCAGAUGCUCAAUUAAUGAAAAACGUAGAAGAUAUGAGAGUGCAGCUACAGAAAGACGAGGCAGCUUACAAAGCGAAGAGUAAAGACUAUUGCUUCUGCUGAAAAGACCGAGUAGACCGAGAAGACCGGGCAUGAAAAAUCUAUAAAAACAAAACCAGACUUUUUUAAUGCAAAUAUGAUUAAAAGACCGGUUAGUAUGUCGAGUAGACUGAAAAGACCGGGUUCAUAAAUGCAGAUAAAUACCAAAAGCAAACCUUCCUUAUCCAGUAAUACUCAAAAUACUGGUUUUUAAACAAGCAUACCUAAAAGACCAUGGUCUACUGUGCUGGAUUAACAUGUAAGAUGAUUAUAAACGAUGUUUUUAAGAGAAAAUAAAGGUUUCAAAGUUGUAUGAAGUCAUGAGUGUAGUAGACCAAAAAGACCAAAAGUCAGGUCGGCUUUAAAUUAGGCGUUGGUGUUGCUAAUCUAUUUAAGUUAGCUUUUUAAAUUAUAUAAGUUUAAAUGAGCCAGUUGCAGGUAUUUUUAUGUAAAUUUAAAAUUAAUAUUAGUUGCAGUCGGGUGAAAGCAGUCAUUUAUUUAAAAAUAUGAUGGUAUUUAUGUUUUUAGGAUGACUUAAAAAAUCUUUCUGAAGUUGGUGUUUUUUGUUCGGUAUAGUUUUCUGAAUAUACUUAGUAUUAAUAAUCGUUUGUGUUAAAACUUAAAUUAGAAUUAUUAUCAAAUUGUUUAAUACAAAAAUUAUAUUUAUUGUGAUCUUUUUGGAAAGUCGCUAGUUCCUUAGAUUUGUGAUUGAUAAGAAAAAAAUGUAUUUUUAUUGCUUUAUCAAAUCGAAAUUUAAGCCAAAAAUUUUAUUUAAAAGUUCACAGAAUGAAGUACCUGUAUGUUUCUUGAUGCUUAAGGCAACUUUUUUUAUUAUUUAUUUUUCAAAAAUAUUUAAGUUGAUGGCAUCUGAUGUACUGAAUUAUGUAGCUCUUAAAAUUAUAAAAAAAAUCCUAUGUCUAUGUAAGUGAAAUGGAAUCAAGUCAAAAAUUACAUGUAUUAUUAUUUUUUAUUAAAAAGAACUUAUUUAAUCUGCCAUUUAAUUAGAAGGCUUUAACUUAUUUAAAUUUACUAAUUUAUCAAAUAAAUGAGAUACAUGUGUUUUGGAAAAUGUAUCAGAAAAAUCAGUUCAGCUGUUUCGGAUAUUGUCACAAACAAAAUUAGAUACGUUUAGUAUAACGCUAGUGUUUUCUUUUAUUUAUUUGCAAAGUGUAUGUUUAUAUGUAUGAUACUAGUUAACUAAAACAGCUGAAUCCAUAUUGUAAGGUCUACAAUUUUUUUCAUGUUAGUAUUUAGAACGUAAAUGUCCUGCUUGUGAUCUCUCUCCGGUGGUGUCGGAUUGUCGUCCCAUCGCGCUAUGAGAGUGAAGGAAUAGUGAGUGCACCGCAGUCCAAGCAAAUGUGCGUGCACUAUAAUAUGUCCUGCGCAGCUGGCUGAUCUCCUCACAUGAGAACAGCCGCCGUGGCCGAUAAUCGGCUAGGACAUCAUCUUAUUAGCUAAGAGUGGGCAAUGUUUUGUAUAAAUGUGUAAAAAUAUUAUUUAAUCUCUAUUUUGAAUGAAGUCAAAAUGUAAAUAUUGUAAUAUUAUAUUUUGUAAGCUAAAUAAACAGCUUUAUAUUUGCUAUUUAAAAA